ACUGAGUAACCCUGUGUUUUGUCUUUCCGCAUCCUUCCUAGUCAAGCCGAAUAUCCCGGUACUCCGCGCCAAAUUUUCCGAAAUUACACCUGCUGCGAUUCACCGUGCCAUUGGAGACCUCACGGUUCCGGAUCAGCGUGUUAGUGAUGCUGUCGAUGCCAGACAAGAGCUCGACCUGCGUAUCGGAGCUGCUUUUACUCGUUUUCAAACAAUGCGAUUGCGACGCGUAUUCCCUCGUUCCUUAGCGGAUCGUUUGAUCUCAUAUGGGUCCUGUCAGUUUCCUACUUUAGGUUUUGUUGUGGAACGCUUUCGUGAAGUCGACCGCUUUAUACCUGAGCCCUUUUGGCGGGUCGUAG